AUAUACUAGUGAGUGAGGAGUAAUAAAAGCAAGCAAAAGCUAAAAGGAAGUUCUUGAGCCAAAUGUCAACUGCUUCCAUUAACAGUUGCCUUACUAUCUCCCCUGCUCAAGCUUCCCUUAAGAAACCAACUCGUCCUGUUGCUUUUGCAAGGCUUAGCAACUCUUCUUCUUCUACUUCUGUUCCCAGUCUCAUCAGAAACGAGCCCGUCUUCGCCGCCCCUACUCCCAUCAUCAACCCUAUUUUGAGAGAAGAAAUGGCAAAGGAAUCCUAUGAGCAGGCCAUUGCUGCACUCGAGAAACUCCUCAGCGAAAAAGGAGAACUUGGACCAAUUGCUGCAGCAAGAGUUGACCAGAUUACAGCUGAAUUGCAAUCAUCAGAUGGCAGCAAACCAUUCGACCCUGUUGAGCACAUGAAAGCUGGCUUUAUUCACUUCAAAACUGAGAAAUACGAGAAGAACCCAGCCUUAUAUGGGGAACUAUCAAAAGGCCAGAGCCCCAAGUUCAUGGUCUUUGCCUGCUCUGACUCUCGAGUGUGCCCAUCACAUGUCCUGAACUUCCAACCUGGUGAGGCUUUCGUGGUCCGAAACAUCGCCAACAUGGUCCCUGCUUAUGACAAGACCAGAUACUCCGGAGUCGGAGCAGCUAUCGAAUACGCUGUUCUUCACCUUAAGGUAGAGAACAUUGUUGUCAUUGGCCAUAGCGCAUGUGGAGGUAUCAAAGGUCUCAUGUCUUUACCUGCAGAUGGUUCUGAAUCAACAUUUGUGUACCGGGUUGCGCUUGUUUUUACUUUUCGAAUAUUUGUUAGCCAGUUUAUAACUGACUAUGAAAAUGAAAUUUUAAAAAAUUUGCAGGAAGCUGUGAAUGUGUCACUUGGAAAUUUGCUGACCUAUCCAUUUGUGAGAGAAGGUUUGGUGAAGAAAACACUAGCAUUGAAGGGAGGUCACUAUGAUUUCGUGAAUGGAGGAUUUGAGCUGUGGGGACUUGAGUUCGGUCUUUCUCCUUCUCUUUCCGUAUGAACUUAACCACCGUUUUAAGUGGUUUUUUCCCUAACACUUUUGCUUUUAUGUAAUUUCCCAAAUCGAACUGUAUGUUGUUGUAUGUAUCAACCAAUAUUAAAGAGCACCGGUUCUUAUAUUUCUGAAUAAAUAAAAUGGGAGUCAUUCUUCCUUUUAUUGUGAAA